UUUUCUUUAAAUUCUUUAUUAUUUAUAUAUAUAUAUGAAAUCUCUCUUAAAAUUAUUUUAAAGAAUUUGUUUUUUUUUUAAGGAUAUGAAAUUAUUAAAUAUAUCAAUUUUAUUAUUUUUUGUGAUACAAUUCCUUACGAAUAAUGUUUAUAGUAUAAAAGAUUCAGCAUGCGGAAGUGCAAAUGAUCCAUGUUUACUUGCAAAUUCUACGUUAAAACCAUGUCAUGGAUCCAUCAUUUCAGUACCUCCUGAAGCAUUAGAUGGCACAAUUGAUUUUCAAUAUCAAAUUUAUGAUGGUUAUUUAUUUGAUUGUGCAUGUAAUGUUCCAUUUUAUAAUUUACUCGCAAGAUGUACGACAUGUUUUGAAGGUCUCGGAACUAGUAUUACAGUAGAAUCCCUUGAUAGUUUUAAAGUAACUUGUGGAAAAUAUUUUGGUAAAGCUCCACCACCGAUAUCAACAACAUCAACACUACCUUCACAAACAUCAUCACCACUUCCACCGCCACCAUUACCACCAAUUCCGCCACAAGGACAGCCACUACCUCCAUUACCAUCACCACCACCAAAACCAACAGAAACACAAAAACCAAUACCGAAUCAACCUUUCUUAUGUAAUUGUUUUAAUGCCAAUUAUUCACUGAUUUCUUGUGAUGGUCGAAUUGACGAACCUGAUCACGUAUUGAGUGGUACUUAUCCUAGAACGUUUAAAAUUGAUGAUCCUAAGCUAGCACCGUGUCAAUGUAAUAUUGAAUAUUAUAAUGACUUAAAAGAGUGUAUAGAAUGUUAUUCUUCUCCAAAGAAUAAAAUUUUUGUUGAGCCACUUUCCAAAUAUGAACAAACUUGUCAACAAUUAGGAGUUCCAUUUGGUACAAAACCACCACCACUGUUUGGUAAAAUUGGUAAUGGAAUAUCAUUAAUUCAUCCUGAUCCUGAUCGGUUAGGAAAUUCAAUUAUUUUGCUUAGUUCAUUAAUAACUUUUGUAAUAUAUUUGGUUUAACUUUUAUAAAUAUGAAGUCAUCUAUAGUUUAAAUAGAAAUUUUAAAUAGUAUUAACAUUUCAAUACUCUUAUAUAUUCCCCGCCAAUGUAACUAACUAUAUUCCCCGGGCCAAUGUAACUAACUAUUCAAGUUAGUUUAAAUUUUAUGAUCAACUUUAUCUGUUAGAAAAUUAAUUUUAGAAAAUAAUAAAUUUACACACUAUCGCGUCAGUCAUUUCUGAAUCAAGUUAAUUUGGCGUUUAUUUUAGUUAUUUACAAAAAUGACCAAUCAGAAAGAAUUUUUUAAAAGCUUAUCCUUAACAAUGAGUGUCGGAGUCUCCUUUUUUUUUUUUUU